AACUUGUUGCUUAAGUUGAUCAAUGCCAAGAACACCAUGGAAAUUGGUGUUUACACUGGCUAUUCUCUUUUAGCCACUGCCCUUGCUCUCCCUCAUGAUGGAAAGAUCUUGGCCAUGGAUAUUAAUAGAGAAAACUAUGAGUUGGGUCUACCUGUUAUCCAAAAAGCUGGUGUUGCACACAAAAUCGAGUUCAAAGAAAGCCCUGCAAUGCCGGUUCUUGAUGAACUACUCCAAGAUGAAAAGAAUCAUGGGUCGUAUGAUUUUAUCUUUGUGGAUGCUGAUAAAGACAAUUACUUGAACUACCACAGGAGGUUGAUCGAACUGGUCAAAGUGGACAAGAGGUCGAUCGAACUGGCCAAAGUGGGUGGCUUGAUCGGCUACGACAACACGCUGUGGAAUGGGUCGGUGGUGGCGCCGGCGGAUGCUCCGCUCCGGAAGUUCGUCAGGUAUUAUAGAGAUUUUGUUAUGGAACUCAACAAGGCUCUUGCUGUUGACCCCAGGAUUGAGAUCUGUAUGCUUCCUGUCGGCGAUGGAAUCACCCUCUGCCGUCGGCUCAAAUGAACCGCCGCUGUCUCCAACGAAGUUUGAUCACGACGUUAGUGUCUUUUCUGCAUACUGUAUUGAUAAUAUUCAAUGUGAUCCCACCUGGCCACCCACCACCACCCUAUGUAUUGGCUGAUUGGAGGAUGCCAUAUUUUUAUAUGUUAAUUUGGUAUUUUUGAACAUUCCAAAUUAUAAUCAAUUCAAUGGAAAUUUUAAGAUA